AUGGAUCCCACCAACAAACCCCAGGGACUUUCUCCCCACUACUCGCUCUACCAGCGUGAGGUCUUUCGUGAGGGUGGCGAGCAUGGCAAACUUCCACACUUCUCUGUACACCCAGAGGAACUGGCCGAGUCGACCAAGAAGAAGUUGAACGACCGCUCCUACUUCUACGCGAACUCGAAUGCUGGGCUAGGAUGGACGGACAGAGCAAACAGGGAAGCGUUUUAUAGGUGGAGAAUCAUCCCCCGCAUGCUCGUCGAUACGAACACCAGGGACUUGACCACCUCCAUCUUCGGCCAUAAGAUUCCGGCUCCCAUCAUGUUUGCCCCUAUCGGCAUCAACAAAUUGUACUACCCCACCGGCGAACUCGUGCCCGCGAAGAUUGCUGGUGAACUUGGUCUGCCCUACUGCCUAUCUACAGCGUCCUCUCAACCCAUCGAGGCUGUCGCUGAGGCGAACGACGCAGGGGCUGCCGUCAAGAACGAGAGCAACUCCGUUCACUCCUAUGACGGACCGAACGGGGGAAACGCCCAGUCGCCCCGCUUCUUCCAGUUGUACAUGGGUCACGAUGAUGAGAUUACUAUCAGCCUACUUGAGCGCGCUUGGAAGAGCGGAUUCGACGUCUGCAUGCUCACCGUGGACACGUGGCAGCUCGGAUGGAGGCCGACGGACAUCAACAUUGCCAACUACGCGUUCUACUACCCGGGUCAGGUCGGAAACGAGCUCGGCACGAGCGACCCCGUCUUCAUGAAGAAGCACGGCGAAGAGCUCAAGCAAGACUCUGGCAAGUGGAUUGACUCCUCGGUCUGGCACGGCAAGGCGCAUACAUGGGAGAAAAUGCCAUGGCUCAUCCAGACCUGGAAGCGUAUCUCGGGCGGCCGCCCGUUCGUCAUCAAGGGUAUCCAGAACGCCCAGGAUGCGCUGAAGGCUUAUGAGGUCGGCUGCGAGGGCAUCGUGGUGACGAACCACGCGGGCCGCCAGGUCGAUGGUGCUGUAGGCAGUCUUGAGAUGCUGCCCGAGAUCGCGGACGCUGUUGGGGAUAAGAUGACCAUCAUCUUCGACUCGGGCAUUCGCACGGGCUCGGACGUGUUCAAGGCGCUCGCGCUCGGCGCGCACGUUGUCGAGGUCGGGCGGCUGUUCGUCUGGGGCAUGGCCCACGAGGGCGAGGCUGGGUGCAGACAUGUCAUGAAGUCGUUGCUCGCGGAUUUGGACAUCACGAUGACCGUGGCUGGGUACCAGUCCGCCAAGGAUCUCGACCGCAGCGCGCUAAGGUACAACCAGAGCGGGAUUCCACCUGCGGCGGUGGAUCAUGCGAGACUUUGA